GAUGUCGUCGAAACCUUUGCUCUUCGUGGCAGCUUCCUGGCUGAGUUGAGGGAUGAUAGGCAGCACGCCUUCUUCAAAGGGUUGGAUUCAGCUGAUCCAGCCAGUGUCCAAGCUCUUGAGUCGAAUCAAGAGUUUCUGAUGGAGAUGUGCGCGACCUUGGCGGCGUUCAAACUGCUGGCCAAUCGAUAUGGCAUCUUCCCGCAGAAAACCCUGAAGAAGACGAUCAAG